CCUGCACGAAUCUAUCUCCAUGCCCUCCAGUCCUACUCAGGCGUCAACUGUCCUUCAAUAUGUCGAUUCCGCAGUCAUUAAACAUUUCUACCGCCCUAUGUUUGAUUAAAUCAAAGCCCAAGCAUCUCACUGUUCAAGAAUAUAUAAGGGCUCUCCGUCCACAUAUCCGAACAAUCCACAGUAAUGGCCAAGUCUAUCGCCAAAUCGAUCAUUCAGCAUUCUGGCAAGGUCAACACGACGGCUUGAAAGCAAACCUUGAGAAGGAACGAGAUGCGACUUUCAUCCUCAAGCAGCAGAAUGACGCUCUGGUGUCCCAAGUCACUCAACUUCUAGCUCGCUCGAAACCGGGUCGAAAGCGCAAAGUCGAACAGGAAGAACCAGAAAAGGUCAAGAAGCUGAAAGCAGGCACUAUUGCAAUUACUGAGUUUGGUCUCGCUGCUGAUAUUGGUCCCGUCAUCAAAGCUAUGCGACACAUACAUCGGGUGCAAACCCUGUGCAGAGGCCGCAUGUGGAGCACAGAUUCCAAUGAGCUGGCCUACAACCUCAUUCAGACUAUGCAAGCCAUGGAGAAUAUCAUCGAUCCUCUCGCAAACAAGAAGCACAGUGCAGAUUCUUGCAAGCAGACAAUCACCGCGGUCGCAAGGACUUGUAUCACUGUAUUUCAUGGUCUCAAGAGAAUGGAAUCUUUGAACAGCAAUGAUGGCUUUCCCAGUCAUGUUGUUCAUGCCUGUGUGUGCUUCUUCGGUAUUCUCUUCACCAGUAUUGAGAACGCUGCUCGUCUCCAGGUCGAACCAAAACAACCAGAUCGAGGAACGGCUGUAUUGCAAGCUCUGUCUACACUUGCGAACAGCCUGAUCAAUAUUCUGCGAGGGUCUUCACCAAAUUGCCCUUCUCAUGCGGAGAUUCUUGAAGGCGCAACCUACGACCUUCUCCAUCGACUGGGAGAAACAACGCACGAACUUCUGAUGGAUGGGCCCCAACACGACGAUAUCGAACAUGAGGUGCAGAAGCUUCCGCUUCCUGAUGACAAGCGACUUGAUCCUGUCAGACAGACGGCUAUGCGAACCAUGCUAACAGCUGCUCCGUUCCUCCUUGACUGCUUGAGAAAGGCUCUGAUCGGAGCACAGAACCAACCACUCGCUGCGUUUGCACGUCUGAAGCUGCAGCGUACUUUGGUUGAUCGCAUCUUUGGUCCGGGAACAAGAGGGCCGAAUGCAAGCGAAGAUGUUCUUGGACUGCCAGAAGUCUUUGGAGAGCCGCCAAUGGCCGCGAAUCCCAUUAAGAAGGAAGACAUACAAACAAAGACAGAUCAAUUCGAGGAAGAGAUUUGGGCACUGGUCGGCUGGGACAUUCUUGCAUUGUUGCAGAGAGAGGACAAAAGCGGGAGGAUUUGCUUUACAUGUAGACAUUGCUUCGACACAUAUAACAAGCUGUUUGAAAUGUCUUGCUCACAUGACUUGGCUUUGGAUGUAUUCUUCAUCAACCUAGAAAGUGCUGGAAGUGGUUGUAAGGUUGUAGAGCAGCAGUCACACGACGAAAAGGUGUUGCAAAGAGGCCACUCUUGCACUCCUGCAUCGAUGCCACCGUCCAUAUCAUCCCUGCCGGCAGGAGACCGUUCACCCUCAUCAUCACCCCCGCACCCUCCCGCUAGAAAGCGCAAGAGACCUUCAGCAGCAACAACAGCAGCGGCCACUCCAUCCGCAUCAUCUCAGCCACCAGCUUCACUCGGCAGACAGCAAUCAAUCCAGAACCUCUUCGCCGAUCAAGCCUCGGCCGCCGCAUCCCCGUCCACUGCCAUCGACUCUUCACCAAACCGCAAGAAAGUCAAGAACCAACCUUUCAACAUGCAGUCAGACAUGUAUUCCUUCUCCAGCAAGGUCAUCGGUGGCAACCUGCCCGCCGCAACUUCCAUCACCCGUCGCACUCCCGGCAGACUCAACAAGGGCUUCACACCCAAGGCUGGCACCACCAAACUCGUCGUCAAGACCCUCAAGCCUCAACCAGCAUGGGACGGGAACAAGUACUUUGAAGACAUAUGGGCGCAGCUGGACAGAGCUCUCAAUGUCAUCUUCACCCAAGCGCCCGUCGACUUUUCUAUGGAAGAGCUAUACCGCGGCGUUGAGAACUUGUGUCGACAGAAAAGAGCAGAGGAGAUUUACGUCAAACUGAGCAGCAAAUGCAAGGCUCAUGUGAGGGGACCUAUGAAGACAUCAUUGCUAUCCAAGCAGAGGCAGUCGAACGUUCAGGUCUUGGAUGAUGUUCUUGGUGCGUGGACUGCCUGGAGCAAGCAGAUGACUGUCAUUCGUUGCAUCUUCUACUACAUGGACCGUUCAUAUCUUCUGCAAACAUCAAGAGGUUCUCUACAGGAUGUCACCAUCAAGAUCUUCCGCGACAACAUCUUCGAGGACCCAAGCCUGAAGCUUGCAAUCAUUGACGGUGCCUGCGAUUUAAUCUCUGCCGACAGAGCCGGUCAGGAACUGGAACCUAGUCAUCUCAGUCAAGCUAUCACCAUGUUCCACGACCUCGCUACUUACUCAACCUCGUUCGAACCUCGCAUGCUUGCAUCUGCUCAACGAUAUGUUGUGGAAUGGGCUAACGAGAAGAGUGCUGAGAAGCCACUUCCUGAAUAUGUCAACGAGGCUGUCACCUUUAUGACCAAGGAAAUUGAACGUUGCGAGCUAUUCGGUCUGGAUCAAAGCACGAGACGGGACCUUCUAGCUCUACUCGAGGAACACAUCAUCAAGGAGAAGGUCGACUACCUCACAAAUCAAGACAGUGUCGCUGAUCUCCUGGAUGACUAUGCUGUCAAGGACCUUGAACAGCUUCAUUCGCUGCUACAGAGAAGACGACUUGGCUCAAAAAUCAAGCCUGCCUUUGCAAGAUGGGUUGAAGAUACUGGUUCACAGAUUGUGUUUGACGACAAGAAUGAUACACAGAUGGUCGUCCGAUUACUAUCACUCAAGACUCGACUGGACCACAUCUGGCGCACAUCCUUCCACCGUAGCGAGGAACUUGGCCAUGCUCUUCGUGAAUCCUUCGAGACUUUCAUCAACAAGACCAAGAAGGCUGCUGCGACACAUGGUACCGACAACUCAAGGACUGGUGAGAUGAUUGCCAAGUAUGUUGAUCAACUACUACGAGGAGGUGCAAAAGUCAUUCCCACAGACCUGACUCUGCAUGCCCGCGACAAUGCUGGAAAGGAAGAGUUCGAUGACAACGAAGCCAUGGACGAGGACAGUGAAGUUAAUGCUCAACUCGACCAAGUACUCGACCUCUUCCGCUUCGUCCACGGCAAAGCAGUCUUCGAAGCCUUCUACAAGAAGGAUCUUGCACGUCGUCUUCUCAUGGGCCGUUCAGCAAGUGCAGACGCUGAGCGCAGUAUGCUCGCCCGCCUCAAGACUGAAUGUGGUGCAGAAUUUACACACAACCUAGAGCAGAUGUUCAAAGACGUCGAGCUCGCCCGUGAGGAAAUGUCUUCUUACAAAUCCCGCAUGGAAGAGCGUGAGGAGAGGCCAAAGGUCGAUCUGAACGUCAACGUACUUUCCGCAGCUGCAUGGCCUACCUACCCAGAUGUCCCUGUUGUCAUUCCCGCCGAUAUCAAGACGGCCAUCGACGAGUACGAACGCCACUACAAAUCCAAACACAGCGGCCGCAAGCUGGACUGGAAACAUUCACUCGCGCAUUGCCAGAUGAAAGCAAAAUUCGCCAAGGGAACAAAGGAGCUCGUGGUUUCUUCCUUCCAAGCCAUUAUCUUGCUCCUCUUCAACGGCAUCGACGCAUCCACACAUCUAACGUACGAUUUCAUAAAAUCAGAAUCCGGCCUCCCCGAAGCAGAAGUAAACCGCACCCUCCAAUCCCUCGCAUGCGCCAAACUCCGCCCCCUCGCAAAACACCCCAAAGGUCGCGAAAUCUCCCCCACGGACACGUUUACCAUAGACCCAUCAUUCUGGCAUGACAAAUACCGCGUCAAGAUUAACCAAGUGCAGUUGAAAGAAACCAAAGAGGAAAACAAAGAGACGCAUGAGAGAGUUGCCGCGGACAGAAAUUUCGAAUGCCAGGCUGCUGUUGUCAGAGUGAUGAAGAGUAGAAAGACUAUUGGGCAUUCUGAAUUGAUCGCGGAGGUUAUUACUGCGACGAGGAGUAGAGGUGUUCUUGAUGUCAAGGAUAUCAAGAAAAAUAUCGAUAGGUUGAUCGAGAAAGACUAUAUGGAGAGAGAGGAGGGAAACAUGUACAGCUACAUUGCGUAGUUGCGUAUUGAGGACAGGACGAUCCUUCAUAGUCAUGAAGGAUGGAGAAGAGGAAGGCCCUCAUACGCACGCAACUCGGAUGCAACUCACGAAACACAAGCAGCUCAUUCGUCACAGCCAUGAAACAUGAUUCUUUUUUUGUACAUAUGCUUUAGCAAAGAGAAGGCCUUUGCUCUGAUCCUUUGUCUUUUCUGGUGGGUAUCAUGCAGUCAUUCUCAAUGGAAUACCAAUCUUACUUCUUUCCCUUCUUCUUUUUCUUCCCACCCGUGCUUUGCUGUUGUUGUUGUUGUUGUUGUGCUGUUGCUGUUGCAGGUGUGGCCGC